ACCGAUAAGAACUGCAACCUGAUAUGGUCGGAAUUACUGCGCGAGACUUCGAUUCAACUUGAUGUCUCUUUUAUCUGUCCUCGUUUCCCCUGUCAGUCGGACACGGAUCAGAGUGGAAGCCUUGCUGUGUGGCGGUUCGGGAUGGUGUGUUGCCUGCCAGCACAUCACAGUUAUUCUUCCAGAUCCCGAUCCCAGAUAAGAACACGGAUAUUAAGGAAACAACAGGGUGACUGUAUCCAGUAACAUGACAAUCCAGAGGUUUUGCCAGACAUCUUCUCACAGCUGGGACCUGUCCUGAGCACCAUUAGCAGCAAAAAUCAUGUCAGAACUAGAGCAUUAUUCAUCUCCAAGGGACCACCCGCAUCCUGACCCAGCUCGCAUCCAGCAGAACCUCUUGGAGGAGCAAGUGGAGCUCUGGUGGUUCAGUGAGCCGCGCAAAUCUUUAUUAUGCUACUGUGCCUCAGUGGGCCUAAUCUUAGGCUGUGGACUGGGUGGCGUAGGCCUUCUUUCCACUACCACAAGUCUGUCCAGCGAGUGGAGAUUAGGCGCCGGUACAGCUCUUUGUCUUCUCGCGCUGGCUGUCCUCCUUAAGCAGUUGUUAAGCUCUGCCGUCCAGGACAUGAACUGUGUACGUAGCAGACGCCGGAUCGACAUGCUGAAGAGCGGCGGUUUAUCUGACGUUCUAGUCAUGUUGAUCACGGGAAUCUCCCUGCUUAUAUGUGGGGCUGUGCUCCUGGAUGUUGCCCUGGCCUACCAUAUGCCUAAACCUGGCAAGGCACUGAAUGACAUGUUUAUAACUGGGGUGGUACUGUUGGUGGUUGGCAGUUUUGCAGUAUUAGCGGUCGGGGUUUACUUUGCAGUAGUUUUCCUCUUAGAGAGGACAGGACCGGAACAGAGACGGUGGGAGAGGACUAUGGGUUUUUUCACCAUUUCAGGCCAAAUGCAGGCAAGGAGAGAGACUGCUUCAAGCUUGGCUCAUCUAAUAUAGACUAAUAGAGUGCAAUAUUGCCCGCCCACUUUCCUCCGUUUUUUCGAUUAACUUUUUCCAUAGAGAUUUCAUAACAUUCUUCAUUAAAGUGUUCUAAUUCAUGAACCAAACCAAUCAGCUCUGGGGUUAAUCACAACAUUAGAAAUGUUUAUUGGAAGGAAAUAAGUAUUUGAAAAUCAGAUAAAAAGACAAAGGUACAAAACUGUGUACUUAACUUAGUCUUUAAUGAGGAAAUUAACUACAAUCCCAUGAAGCAUUGGGAAUUACGUAAUUGGAUUAAAGCAGAGGUGGAAAGUAAUGAAUUACAACUAUUCUCGUUACAGUACUUGAGUAAAUUUUUCAAAUUUUUCAACUUUUUUUAAGUAUAAAUAAAUAAUAGUACUUUUACUUGAGUUGAUUAAAAUUAGUUUUCAACUUCGCUACAAUUAUAUUUCAGCACAAUUACAAAGUAAAAAACAAUUUGGGGGGAAGAGGAAGUCGGCUAGUUUUAAGCACUAAAUCUGUUUAUAAACUAAAACGCGCUGAGCACUACAUCAUGAGCACAGCAGCUUGCAUAAACUGCCCCCUGUGUCCUCUCUUCUCUUGCUUCUUCAAGACUUACUGCCCCAUCACUAUACAAGAACUGUAAUACUGUGAUUUUCUACAUAUAUCAUUUUAUUCUAGAAAGAAGCCGUUCACUCAGGUACGAGGGAACCAUCUGAACACGUUUAACCACUGAUCAAGUUUUAAUCACUAAUUAAGAUUUAAUCACUUGUUUAUAAGGUAGGACAUUUAUUAACUGUAACAAAUAUUAACACAUUGCAGUUUGACAUACAAAUGGGGAUAUCUUGUUUACUUGCAAAUAUAUGUCAAAAACAAACUUUUUAAAUACAGUGCCAAUAGUGUCGGAAAUAAACGGGGACUUGGGGCAAAAAUGCCACACAAAUUGACAAAAAUAUCCCUGAAUUUCACAAAAAUGGGGGCAAAAAUGCCCACGCAAUGAGGUUCUGUGUUUUAUUAAUAAUAUCUGAUAUAGUUACAAUUACAUACAUUCCGAUCUUCUUUUGGCUUUUCACUGAGCAUAAUUGUUUUUCCCACCGUCCGGUUCCUCACACCAUCGUGCGCACAUUUUGGUAUUGAACUCCCGCAUUAAAUUCCAUAACCGCCCCUCUUGUUCAAAAUAAACGGUUCUAGCAGGUAACACUCUUGCACCAAUGCUGUUUUGUACUUCCCUGCACUGUGGUGCUGUUUAUCUGUCUGAAAAGCCUCACCCGCUAGAGGCCAAAAGAGUGCAUGAUGGAUGUUAUAUAAAGAAGGGAUGAGAAAUAACAAAACAUAAUUUAACCAAAUGCUACAAUUUAAUUAAUAAUAAUAUCUCAAUAUGUUAAAUAACCAUAAUGUUAAUUAAGAAUGUAUUAUUACAACUGUAAUGCAAUAAUACAUAUACAGAACAACCACUUUUAGUGUUUGAAUCAAUCAUAGGUCUCACUAAACACUGUAAAAUAUUUAUUUUUGUAUAAUUUUAUUCAGUUGGCAUGUAACAGUUGAUAACAGUUUGCUUAAUAAUCUCAUUCCAUAUCUGGAUAAUUGCUGCAAUAUCAUAGUGGAUAAAACUCCUCCUCUGUGAUAUUGCAUUAUAGUAGUUUUGUACAGUAUGUUAACUUGCCAAAAUACUUAGACAUACGUGAAUGAGAAUAAACCUGAAAUAUGAAUGUGUUUCAGUCAAUGCACAUUAUGUAGUUUAGAGAUGAUUUAGAGACAUUUAGAAUGUUUCAAAUGGCUAUUUCUAUUUAUUUUUUUUUUAUUGUAAUCUUACAAUGUUCUUUUUGUCCAAGAAUCCUCUUGCAGAAUGCAGGUCUUUGGCAUCAAGCUUCUAGUUUAGGACCUGUGAGGAGUCUCAAACUAGAGAUUGUGAUUUACUUAUCUUUUUGUUGUGCAUCUGGGCCGUCCACUUCCUUCUCUAUCCUGGUUAGAGAUUAUUUUAUCAAUACAGAAAUGCAUGGAAUAGCCUUCAUCUCUCUAAAAUAAUAGACUUUAUGAGAAAAUAGAAUUUCAGGAUAAAUGUGUUUAUUUUUGCCUUUUUUAAAACCAAAAUGUAAAAUUUAGAAUACUUUUGUAAGGAAUAGGUGACACAGUAUAUGUUUUCCAUCACAGGUAAAGAAAAACUUAAAACAAUUAUUUCAAACCAUAAUAAUAAUUUGCAAUUAAUGAUUUUGGCAGUAUUUAGUAUUUUUUUCAGUUUAAUGCAUCAAAAACAUAAAUAUUUUUGCGUUCUAAAAAUGGAACCUUAUAUACUACAUAUAAUAUAAUUUUCAUAAAGUAACUUGUAAUGUAAUUACUUGAGUAGGUUUUUUUGGGCAAACUACUUAUUUACUCUAUUUAUAAUAUUUCUCAGUACUUCUACUUGUACGCAAGUGAAUUAUUUCUUCUGUAGCAGUAUUUUACUUAAGUAAAAAAACUAAACAAUCAGUAGGCCUACUCUUUCCACCACUGGAUUAAAGACAAUGGAAAUAUUUAAAACAACUGCUUUUAAGUUGUUAAUUAUAAGUAUAGAAACAAUAUAUUUAAAUUUGAUAUUAGGAUAUAUUAAGAUAUACACAAAUUUAAAAGUAGUUUGAAAGUGUAGGGAGACCAAAUUCAUUGCGUCAUUUGCUGUGUGUCAUGAGGUGGGCAAUUGCUACAAAGCUCAUUUGAUGCGGCUUGUUUGCUGUGACUCUCUGAUUGGUUGAACAUCCUCUUCAGGAUUCACGGGUAGUGUAGUUCGUCAGCAGGAACUCCACUAUUAAAUUAAAUACAUUUUUAAGAAAUUAUGUUGAAAUAGCACAGACUGAUUCCUUCAACUGAAGCAUAUACCAUCAAUUUAAAACCUCGGAGCUCCUAGUAGGUUUGUCUUUGAAGGUUUAUAAGUUAUCUUUAAAAAUCCUUUUGUCUAUGCAGAAAAUUAAUGGGAUUUUUACCUCCGAAAUCAGACUUUUGCACUCUGUUGUGUGACUACAAACGUAUAUGUAUGCCAGUCCUAGUGAAAAAGAACAAAGACACAAAACUGUGCUCUCUGCAGUCUUGGGACUUUAAAAAACAGCCGUCAAUGAAAGUUUGCACCCAUUACACAAUGGCACAAAUCACAUGUGACAUUUACAAUUACACUCCACAAAUAAACUGAUUCACACUAUAGCUCAAGGGUUUACGCAUUAGACCUUUGAGGGUUUAGGCACAAACAUUUAAGCUUUUACAUUCUCCAUUCCAACAAAGUACUAUGAAGGAUGAAAAGCAAAGAAAAGCACAAAAAGCAAUCUAAAUGAAAUGUUUGAUCAUGAAUUAAUGGUUUUUAGAUAAAACAUGCUGCUUUUGUGUGUGUGUGUGUGUGUCUCUCUAUUUCUCUCUCUGUGUGUGCGUGUAUGUGUCCUUCACAGCGUUUUUUUUAAUGUGGGCAAUGGUGAGCAUGCCAAGUGGGUGUCCAUCUGGGGAUGUCUUCAGCUUUUCAGGGACUCCAAUGUGAGUCAGUGAAUGGAUCGGCCAUGUCAGUUUGCAUCACUGUGAAUUUUCACUACAACUUGGUUCUGAGUGCAGGCGAUGCUAAGAAUCAAAUAAAGGAUCAGAAUCUAAAUUUGAAGGAUAUGGUUACCUAUUGGUGUUAUUUUUUAUAAUAUUUCCAAGAAAACAGAAUUAUAUUUUAUUUGUAGCAAUACUCGGAACUGGAUUUCCACUUUGAUGCAAAUAAUUGGUAUUUCAUUUUGGAGGGCUUUAAAAAAAACAUUCAAAAACAGAUGGAGAUAAACAGAUGGCAGGUUGUAGCAAUUUAGAUUUAAUUUGUCUGCAUAAUAAAAAAAAAAAAUGUUCAAGCUCUAUGAGACAACGUUAAGAAAUGACUUCAGAAAAAAAAGCUGCAACAUUGUAAAUCUUCUCACAAAGCCUAAAUGCUUCUACAGUACCCCUAAAAGUAUUUCAAAAUGUAUGAAAGUAUUACACGAAGUGUAAAAUCAAGUGGUGUUUAUUUUAAAGACACUAAAAAUGAGGUUUUAGGUUUUAAUAUAUAAAACUAAAGACUAUUUAGAUUUUAUUGAGUAUUUAGAUACUAUUUGGUUGUCAAAUGUUAGUGGAAAAUGUUCAUAGUUAAUGUGAUGAGCUACACUGGUGUUGUGGUUACUCUGUGAGGCCACCUUUGGGAACUUAAUUAAUAAUGACAUUGGAACCACUUGGUUUAAGUCAUUGAAAAAAUGGCUUAGAAAAGUGAAGUUACAGUUCUGAAUUCUGAGAAACUGUCUUUGGCACUUAGUUUGAAAUGUCCCUAUCUAAUGCAAUGAAAUGUUUGGGCCACU